GUGUUGGAACUUGGGAGUUGGAUUAGUUGCAUGCCAACGUGUUGACACAAAAGUUUAAUUUCCCUACACAUUAGCCAUUUGCGUUCAACCUUGCAAUUCAUUCGUGUUACAACCGCCGUAAAGUGAGUACAAGCUACAAGCGAGUAUUCAAAAGAAAAAAAUGAACCUAGCGCGGCUACGUGACAGACGUUUUUGAAACGUGGUUUUCGACGCCGUCUGCAAGAAAUCUCCACAUAUUCAGGAAAAGUUACACUGCACUGCACGGUGUGCUCAAAACCCAGUUCGGACAAGCCAUUAGAAUUUUUUCAAGUUAAUGCUUUCGUUAACAAUGAGAGGUUUGAACUAAAUUGUAGUUCAAAAGUGACUAUUGUUGAAGCAACCAAUAAAAAGGAUCGAAACAGUUGAAAAAAGUCCUGUACAAAAUUGUGCGAGAACGGUUAAUACAGCUUACUUGGCUUACAUGAAAGAUAAUAUUCUUAAGUUUGAACUUAAAUUGGACUAGUGGACGUGCAUGAAGAAUAAAAUAGAGAAAUCGGUGCUGAGGGUCAGUCGGAAGCUAAGUUCAAGGAAUAUUUUUGAAAUUCGCUAAAAAUGCCGCACAUCCGGGAAAAGCAAGACGCGAGCAUUUCACAGACCGUCUUGCCACCACAUUAUCUACAUGAAUUGCCUGCUCAGGACGAAGAGCGCUUGGAAAAAUUAUUUCAAACUCUGGACCUUGAUGGAAAUGGCAGAAUCGACGUUCACGAUCUUUCCAAAGCACUCCACCAGGCUGGAGUGCACCGACAUUAUGCAGAGAAAUUCCUUGCUCGGUCCGACUUAUCAAAAAGGGGAAAUAUUAGCUUAGCUGAAUUCAUACACUAUAUCAAGGAGCACGAGAAAAAUCUGCGACUUCAGUUUUCUGAUCUCGACAAAAAUCAAGAUGGAAAAAUAGAUCUGGAAGAACUAAUAAGAGCCUUUAAAGAUCUUGGUAUUGAAAUGGAGAGGGCGGAAGCCAAAAAACUUUUACGGAGAAUGGAUAAAGAUGGAAGCCUCAACAUUAGUUUUAAUGAAUGGAGAGAUUUUUUGCUGUAUGCUCCAAGUACAAACAUUCAUGAACUCAUCUUAUAUUGGCGCCAUUCAAGGUACAUGGACAUUGGGGAAGACAUCGGAGUUCCUGAUGAUUUCACAAAUAGUGAAAUGAUUUCCGGUAUGUGGUGGAGACAUUUACUUGCCGGUGGAAUCGCUGGUGCUGUUUCAAGAUCCUGCACAGCACCUUUGGACCGGAUAAAGGUUUACUUGCAGGUGCAUGGGACGCGUAAUUGCAACAUACUCAGUUGCAGUAAAUAUAUGCUUCAAGAAGGUGGUAUCACAAGUUACUGGAGAGGAAACGGAAUUAAUGUACUUAAAAUAGGACCAGAAUCUGCCCUAAAAUUCGCUGCUUACGAGCAAGUGAAAAGAAAAAUAAAGGAUCACAAUAAUAAUAGAGAACUGAAUAUUUACGAAAGGUUUAUCGCUGGUUCUUUUGCUGGUGGAUUCAGUCAGUCUAUCAUUUAUCCACUUGAGGUCAUGAAGACGAGAUUGGCGCUAAGGAAAACGGGAGAGUUUUCUGGAAUUAUGGAUGCUGCAAGGAAGAUAUACAGUCAGGCAGGUCUGAGAAGUUUUUACAGAGGCUACGUUCCCAAUUUAAUUGGAAUUCUUCCCUAUGCAGGGAUAGAUUUGGCUGUGUAUGAGACGCUGAAAAAUAAUUAUAUAAGGACGCACAACAAAAACGAACACCCUUCAGUUUGGUUAGUGCUUUUAUGUGGAACAGCAUCGAGUACAGCGGGGCAGGUUUGUUCGUAUCCGCUAGCUCUAGUCAGGACGCGGUUGCAAGCUCAGGUCGCGCCUGCAAGUUCUCCUAAUAUGGUCGGAGUCAUUAAAGACAUUCUUCACAGAGAAGGAUUUAGAGGCUUGUAUCGAGGUCUGACGCCCAACUUUUUAAAAGUUUCUCCGAUACGAUUCCUGCAAUCAAAGUGAGCUGAUCGCACAGUGGAUGCUCUCGGGUUCUACAAGGAGAUAUUAAUAACGAUUUAGAAGGUUCGAAAAUUAACGGAUUUCCUCUUAACAUCUCUUG